AUGGAUCCGUCUGCUGCCGACAUUCCCGUCUCCGACCCAGCUGAGGCUGCGUCCGACAAUGCGCCUCAGGUGCCUGUCGGUGUCGACGAGGCCGACAUGAUGGCCCUACCUCCGGAUCCGGCCGCAGACCCGCAACUCGAAGAGACAGCCGUCAAACCGGGGCCCGACGCGCCCGAGCAGCAGAACCUGGAUGGCUCCCAGCCGCAGCCCUCUGCCGACGGCGUCGCUCUGCCCAAGCGCCCCGGCCUCAAGCGCGAGAAGUCUGCUCCCGCCCCGCAGCGUCUUCCGCCGCCCGCUCCCCCCGCCCCGCCCCUCGAGCCGGGCCACCAGCCCACCGAUUCCCUGUCGCUGCUGCAGCUGAAAAAGCUGGUCACCGACAUGCCCAAGGUCGAGCCCACUCCCUACGCAUUCGAAUACGAGGACGCCGCUUCAUUCGAGGUUGAAAUUGAAGAAUGGUUCUCCUACAGCGUCGAGGAGCAGGCAAUGCUACUGAAGGCCCAGGCUUCUUUCGUCGAGGAAUGGGUCGCCCUCGAGGAUGGCACGCUAUCAAAUUUGGCUGCCUAUGAACAGGGCGAGAUGGACUGGGUCAAGGCCGACCCCGCGCUGAGAGACCAGCUCACACGUAAAUUGAUUUCCAACCUGGCGCAGACCGACAACAAGGAAAUGCGGUUGCGGAGCCUGGAAGCUCUGGUGUAUAUUGCCCUGGGCUGCUGGCAUGAGACUGCUGGGCUCGAAACGAGCACGUCUGCUGCCGAAGAAGAACAGGCCCCAUCUUCACCGGCCAAUGAUGCCGGCAAGCCUUCAAGUUACGUCAAGUCAGAGGUGCAAAUAGACUGGAUUCGCAAUGGAGUUCAGAUGAUUCAUGAGUGUGACGGCAUUCGACCCAUUUAUGAUGUAGCCCGUGGCGCCUGUCUGCGCGAAUUCGCAACCGACGUCGUCGAGCAAGAGAUCGCCCCGCAAGAGGACAAAGACUCUGACAGGAGAGAGCUGUGGUGCUCCCUUACUCUUAUGCACAUGUUCUACGAAGUUGCCCGCACUGAGCAGCAGCCCUCUCGUCUCUACGAAAGUCUUACUCACUUAGAUCCGAACGUCGUUGUGUUCAUGAUCGAGAUUAUCACGAGUUUACGAUGGGAUGAUUCAAUUGGUCCUCCGCUACACAAGAUUCUUCUCCUAACCUGGAAAGCCAUGCUGGUGAACUUUGGCGGUCUCAAAGAAGUCGAGGAGCUAAAGGCAACUUUCCGCGAUCCAAAAGAAGAGACCGCAGACAACCGCGGCCAGCCUAUCAUCACAGCGUCCCCCCUUGACUAUCACGUUUUCCGCCAAGAAAUCAGUUCCAAGUACCCGGCAUACAACCCACCACAACCCCUCUUCCCGCUGGAGCCCGAGAACAACUCCAUCCUGCCGCCCUUGAAGAACCACCCUAGCAAGGUCUCAGAAGCGAAUUCCUUUGGCCCUGGCAUCUCCAAUGUGGGCAGCGGAACUUCGAUCCUACAUCAGCCCGUUCACAUUGCAACUCCAGCACCCUCGCCACCACCGUCACCUGCUGGCCCUGGAGGCAAGGGAGGGAAGAAACAGAACUACCAGACCAACCAACUUUUCCCCUUCCUGUAUCCACCCCUGGACGAAUCUAGUAACAACCUCGGUGGUAAGGGCUCGACUGACCUUCAAGACAUGCUCGUCGGACGAAAGUGGGAAGGGAGUGACAUUCCUACAUCCAUCAUCGAAGCUGCAGAACUGUUUGCCAAGAGGAUGCGUGCCACGCGGGCAAUGAAGCAGCUCUGGGAAGAGCGCGUACUUUUCAUGAAGUACGAGCGUGGGUGGACAGGCUCUGACAACGACGUCGAUCCGUUCGACCUCAAUGGCAGGCUUGAAGGUCUCGUGCUCGAAAAAGAGAAGGUUGAUGAUCGAGUCGCUGCCAAGCUUGAUCAAGUUGAGAAGUUUUAUGCGACUGUCCUUCCGCACUUGCAAUCGUUAGUGAUUGUCCUGCUCAGGACCUUCCUUUCUCACUUGGCAACACUUGCACUGCAGAACAGCAACCUCAACGCCAUGUCCGCCGGUGGCUUUCAGGAGAAUCAAAGCAGCAACCCAAUGAACAAACCGGAUAGUGGCCUCAACGGGACUUUGCCCGACAUUUCAAAAAUUCCGCUUGAGGACCUGGACAGAAUGAGGAUGGAGGAGAUUCAAGAUAAAGCUGCAUCCGGCAUUCUUAUCCUGCUCCUGAAAUGGUUCAAGCUGUCUCACGUGUUGAAGAUGGAGUAUCUGACACAAUUGCUGGUGGACUCCAACUACAUCCCUCUGACCCUCAAACUGCUCCAGUUGCAGGAGAUUGAGAAGGUCAUCAACUACAGAUGUGAUAGAGAAGACCUGAGUUUCUUCACCUUCUGCCGCACACACUCCCGUGAGGGUGCCAAGGAAGGAGGCCCCAUCACCGAAGCACCACCUGCAGAAGCUGAUGAUGAGCCCGACGAGGCGGCACCCCCACCCAUCAGGCGGCGCCACUCCGACGACAUGCUCGCUGACGAGCACCAAGACCUCGCCGACGAAGCCCCUGGCGACGUCGGCGCGUCGUCCUCUCCAAACAACAACAUCAACGGCAACGGUGGCGGGCUCAACAACACGACCGGCCUGCCCGAGGUCGACGAGCUGGGCAUGCCGCUCAACCAGCUGCCGCUGGAACCCAUCACGUCGUUCUCGUGGCGCAACUUCUUCACCAACAUCAACCUGGUGCGCAUCAUGCAGAAGGUGUGCAAGGAAAAGGCGCACCGCAACCUCAUGCUCGUGCAGUACAAGUCGUCGCAGUACCUGCGCAAGGCGCUGAAGAUCCCGCAGCCGGAGCUGCGCCUCUACACGCUCAAGCUGUUCAAGAAUCAGGUCCCUUACUGCGGCCGCAAGUGGCGCCAGAGCAACAUGCGCGUCAUCACCGCCGUCUACCUGCACUGCCGCCCCGAGUUAAGGGACGACUGGUUGGCUGGCAGCGAUGUUGAUGCGGAUGUGGACGAGAGCGUGCCGCUCGAGCAGGCCCUGCGCGCGCUGACGCACUGGUUUAACCUGAAGAGGUAUCCCGAGCGGCUGGGUGCGGAGAGGGGCGUGCUCGAUCGCGAGCAGGAUUUCUUCCGCAGGGAGCUGGAGAAGAUGGGGUGGUCGGCCGCGGCUAUGGCGGUCGAUGAUGGCCAGGGGGCUUGGAUGGGCGACGGGCAGGAUGUCGAUGUCCAGUGGGAGGGCGGUCCGGUGGAUGGUGGCCAGUGGCAGGGAUACUGA